UCGAAGAGCAGCCGAUCGAGCCCACUUUCAUCGUCGUCUUCGUCUUUUCGUGAUCGGUUCGCUGAGACUACUUUUGUUGUAUAAUUUAUGAAAUCGCCAAGAAAGCGACAAUGUUAGCUACAACGCCUGAAAGAUGCGAGUUAAAUUAGUCAGCGAGCUAAGUCCACGCUCAUAGCAAAGCGCGCUUAGUGCACGGCGAGCUGCCGUGCUGCAGCCGAACGCCAUUUCGCAGAACCGGCGGUGCCGGGCGGCGCGGCGCGUCACGUGAGAUUCUGAACCCAUCUCAUCACCCUACCGCGGGGCCGUGGUCUAGCCACGAACCGUGCCACCAAGGUUCCAUGUUCCAAAAGCCGAUAAACGCCUCCCAGGAGCAGUGCUUGAGUGUGCUCGUCGUCCGCUAAAGCAUCGGAGACUCGUGGGUGCUGGCGGCCGCCACUUUCGCGUGUUUACGGUAUUAGCGAUUGCAGCAGCGGGAGCGAAACCAUGGCGACCCGGGUGUUCGUAGGCCGGCUCAACUACGACGUUCGGGAACGCGACUUGGAGCGCUUUUUCCGAGGCUACGGCCGCAUCGAAGACAUCGUCCUCAAGAAUGGCUUCGGGUUCGUGGACAUCAGCGACUACCGCGACGCUGAGGAUGCCGUGCGCGAUCUCAACGGCAAGCGACUCAUGGGCGAGCGAGUCACGGUCGAGCUGGCGCGGGGCAUGCGGCGCGGGCCUCCAGACUACGACCGCGGACCCCGGCGCUUCGGGCCGCCCACGCGCACCAACUACCAGCUACUUGUGGAGAACUUGAGCAGCAGCGUGAGCUGGCAGGACUUGAAAGAUUUCAUGCGCCAGGCGGGUGACGUGACGUACACGGACGCACACAAGCUGCGGCGCCACCAAGGAGUCGUCGAGUUUGCCAGCUACUCGGACAUGAAGAACGCCCUGCGGAGUCUUGACAACGUGAGCCUCGACGGCCGGAGGAUCCGCCUUGUGGAGACUAAACGUCUGUUGCGUCGGUCGAGCCGAUCGAGCUCGCGCUCCAGGUCGCCGCGCAGGUCGCGCUCCAGGUCCAACUCGAGACAGCGCCAAUUCUCAGGUCGCCGCAGGUCGCGCUCUUCGUCUGGCUCUGGACAUGCCUCGGUCCGUCGCCGAUCGCGCUCUUCGUCGAGGCGCCCGAGUAGCAGCCGGUCAGGGCUCCAGGUCGCCACGCAGAAUCAGCAGCCGUCGAAGCCGUUCGAAGUCACGAUCACCGCAAAAACGUUCGAACUCACGAUCGUCGUCGAGGGAACGUGCAAGUCCCAAACGGUCGGCGCAGAAGCCUUCUGGUACCGAACACUCACACGAUGCAGAGCAAACUAAAUGCACAGCCCAAGAGAACAACGGUCCCUGCGAAGAAGCGAGCAGCUCGCAUUCUCCUUCAGGAUACGCCGAGUGAAUAAGCGACUAGCACGUGAACAUUGGUCAUCUCGCUAUUAUUUACACGCUGUGAUUCCACUGAAUGGCACCAUUUGCUAAUCAGCGAGAAGUACUACCAGCAUGUGGGACUCUAAUCAUAGUCACUUGUGUCCAAAAACAUUUGCAUGUUGUUGCCGUUGCAAGAGCUCGUCUCAGGAAGCAGUGUUGUUGGAUGUGCCUUGGUUUGUUUGUGGUGGUGUGGCUAAAAGAUCCACCACUCAUUUAAGUUUUGUACAUUGGGUGUUGUGGUCAAUAAAGCAACGAGCUUUCAGCACAAGCUUCCCUGCAAGAUCAACGAAGUUGAAAGGUGAAGGCACCGUAGUCCAGUUGUGCUGCAGCAACUGCUGUGCAUGUUGUUGGCGAGCCGAAAGCCCUCUACACUCUGCUUGUUGUUAAUUGCUUUGUUGAACAAAUAAAGUAUCAAGUUUUGACUGUGUACAAGUUACAGCUCCAUUUCAUAAGCGCCUUGUUGCAGUGAGUUGAGUUUGGAAUAUGUCAUUGCUAGUGACUUUCGUAGUCAACUGCAGAAUGCAGAUUCAUUUGUUUUAUAUAUUCUGCAUAUUGUGAUGUGCAAAUCGGCGUAAAUGAAUUUAUGUUUAUUAUAUCACUGGGUAUUGCAAAACAACACUCCACAUGCCACGCAAAGCAGGCACAUAAACAGACUUGUACAAUGUACUCAAAAAAAGUAUUAAAGUUACUGAGUACCAUGUGAAUGGUACUCAGUAAUGUGAGUACCAAGUAUUUGAGUACAGACAUGAGCAGCCUUGUCUAGAACGCAGGAACGGCGGCUUCAGGGGCUCUGUGAAGCCAGCCAGCGAGGUCUAACACUAGCUGCUGGGUCCGAUGUCUAACGGUAGGUGCUAGGCACGUUUGGGCCCAGCAACUACCGUUAGACGUCGCUGGCUGGCUCCGCAGAGCCCCAGAAGCUGCCGUUCCCGCGAUCUAGACAAGGCUGCUCACGUGUGUACAACAGUGGCGUAGCCAGAAAUUUAUUUGGGGGGGGGGGUUACUACUGCUCCCCCCCUCCCUCUCUAUGUGUAUAUAUAUCUCUCUAUAUAUAUAUGUAGCCUAUCCUUGGUGUCUCUGUUAGCUUCAUAUGAUACGACUUAAUAAACAUCAGGUCCCUCUGU